GUACUACUCCACCCUUCAUUAGCCUUUUUCAGUUAACGAGACUCAAGAAACCCGAGAAUGCCGAGAAGGGGGUGAAGGGGGUGGGAAGUGAGAAAUUGAGAACUGAGUUACGAACCCUCUCUCUCUCGUCUCGCUUCUUUUCUUCUCUUUCUCUUGAAAAAUGGCGCUCGCUUUGCGUUAUUUAACGGGCAUUUGAGGGGUUAAUUACUUUGCUCUGAGCUUCUAAAGAUGGAAGCAGAGGACUAUAGGAAGAAAGAGAGACUUGGGUUGGUGGUCAUUGUUGCCCUCGCAGCUUUGUCGGUGGUCUCACUGUUGUUUGCAUUCAGCUACUACUGCUACAUCCGAAACAAAGUCUCCAAACGCUUAAAGUUGAAGAACCAGAUGAGUGGAGACUCUACUGAUGAGGGAAAAAGAGCUGGCCGAGCUGAUGUGCAAGUUGCGACUGAGAAUGGGCUUCAAGUGUUUACCUUCAAGCAGCUUCAUUCGGCGACUGGUGGUUUCAGCAAGUCGAAUGUCAUUGGCCAUGGAGGGUUUGGGUCUGUCUACAGAGGGGUGCUUUCAGAUGGGAGGAAGGUCGCGGUUAAGUUGAUGGAUCAGGCUGGAAAACAGGGAGAAGAAGAGUUCAAAAUGGAGGUGGAGUUGCUGGGUAGACUUCGUUCCCCGUAUUUGUUGGGUUUGCUUGGGUAUGGUUCAGAUAGUAACCAUAAGUUACUGGUUUACGAGUUUAUGUCCAAUGGAGGUCUGCAGGAGCACCUGUAUCCCAGUGGUGGUUCCAGCACUGGUGUGACAAAGUUGGACUGGGACACCCGGUUGAGAAUUGGUCUGGAAGCUGCAAAAGGGCUUGAAUACCUCCACGAACAUGUUACCCCCCCUGUGAUCCACAGAGAUUUUAAGAGCAGCAACAUCCUCUUAGACAAGAACUUUCAUGCCAAAGUUUCCGAUUUUGGGUUGGCGAAGCUUGGAUCUGAAAAGGCCGGUGGGCAUGUUUCAACCCGUGUAUUGGGCACGCAGGGAUAUGUGGCCCCUGAGUAUGCAUUAACUGGGCAUCUUACAACAAAAUCAGAUGUUUACAGUUAUGGGGUUGUGCUCUUGGAACUGCUCACAGGCAGAGUGCCAGUAGACAUGACAAGGGCUCCUGGGGAAGGUGUGCUUGUAUCUUGGGCUCUACCCCGGCUUACAGAUAGAGAGAAGGUUGAGCAGAUUAUGGACCCAGCCCUCGAAGGUCAGUACUCUAUGAAGGAGGUUAUUCAGGUGGCUGCCAUUGCUGCUAUGUGCGUGCAGCCUGAAGCGGAUUAUAGGCCUUUAAUGGCAGAUGUAGUGCAGUCAUUGGUCCCUCUUGUGAAGCUUCAUAAAUCAACUGCAAAAGUUGGCAGCUGCUCUAGUUUCCAUGCAAUCAAAUCGCCAACCAACAGUGAAUUUGGUAAAGCCAGUGCAUGAGAAUAACUUAAUCUAGCAUUACUCACAGGCUUCUUGCUGAUAUAUAGACUUUGUAGUCAUUAGGUCUUUUUUCAAAGAUUCAAAGUUGUUCUCUCCUAAGUUUUAGAAAUUGGGUUUCAUCUAUUUAACUACCCCAUGUAUCUUCGGAGAUUUCAAACAAACCAGUUCU